AUGAAAUUAUGUUCUAUAUCAAAUCGUGAAGCUGUUUUUCUAUUUAUUGAUACACAAAUUAUCGAUACAUUUUUUCUUGAAGAUAUUAAUGCAUUAUUACAUACUGGUGAAGUACCAAAUUUAUUUCGUAAUGAAGAUAUUCAAGAGAUUCGUAAUCAACUAUCUUCUACAAUUAAUCAACAAGGUAUACUUGAUACAAAUCUUAAUAUUAUGCAAUUUUUCUACAAUCGAGUAAAAUCUAACCUGCACAUAGCCAUUUGUAUGAGUCCAUAUGGUGAAACAUUUCGAAAUUAUAUUCGAAUGUAUCCAGCAUUAGUUAAUUGUACAACUGUGAUUAAUUUUUCUGAAUGGCCACAUGAAGCUUUGAUUGAUGUAGCUCAUUAUUUUUUGACGAAAUUUAAUUUUGGAUUAGAACAUAAAGAAAUAACUCAUCGUACAUUAGCUGAUAUCUGUGCUUUUAUACAUCUUUCAUCAAAAACUUUAGCAAUUCGAAUGAAAGAUGAACUUCGACGAGAAAUUUAUAUUACACCAACAAAUUAUCUUCAAUUUGUUAGUAAUUAUAGCCGGUAUCGAGUUAAUAAUCUUUUUUUGUUUGGAUGUCCUAGAAAAAAAGAAUUCGUUUUCUUUUCAAGUUUGUUCGAAGGAGAAAAAGCAAAAAUUCAACAUGAAUAUAAUCGCCUUCAAAUGGGUAUUAUUAAAGUAGCUGAAACUCGAGAAAAAGUUGCUGAAAUAUCAUUAGAAUUAGAAAAGAAAAAAGUUCUUGUAGCACAAUUACAACGAGAAUGUGAAGAUUUUUUAGGAAAAAUCGUUGAACAAAAAAACAGUGCUAGUGAACGAGAACGACAAGUACAAGCAUUUGGUGUACGUAUUGGUGAAGAAGAAAUUCGAUGUCAAACUAUAGCAGCAGCUGCACAUGAAGAAUUAACUGAAGUUGAACCAUUAUUAAUUAAAGCAAAUCAAGCAUUAGAACAAUUAACGAAACGAGAUAUUGGUGAAGUAAAAGCAUAUGUACAUCCACCAAGUCAAGUAGAAAAAGUGAUGAAAGCACUAAUGAUUUUAAAGGGUAAAGAAGAUACAUGGGAAGAAGCAAAGAAAGAUUUGGCUAAUGUGGAUUUUAUCAAAACACUCAUUAAAUUUCCUAAAGAUGAUAUAACAGAUCGAACACUUCGUCGUAUGCAACCAUUUAUUAAUGAUAUGGAAUUAGUACCUGAAAAAUUAAAAAGUGUAUCAAGUGCUGCUAGUGCAUUAUGUACUUGGAUUCGUGCUAUUGAAUCUUAUGCACGUGUUUAUCGUAUUGUACAACCAAAAAAAGAACGUUAUCAUAAAGCAUUAUUUGAAUUAAAUGAAAAACAAAAUUUAUUAGAACAAUCAAAAAAUGAAUUAUUUAAUAUUCAAACAAAAAUUGAAAAAUUACGUUUAGAUUAUGAAUUAAAAAUCAAAGAAAAAGAUACUUUACAACGAAAUGCCGAUGAAACAGCUAUGUUUUUAGAUCGAGCAACAAAAUUAUUAGAUGGUGUUGCUGAAAAACGAACUAUAUGGGAUAUAACAUCAAAUGAAUUAAAAGAAAAUCUUGAUAAUCUUCUAGGAAAUAGUCUUCUUGCUUGUGCAUUUCUAUCAUAUAUGGGUCCAUUUUUGUCUAAUUAUCGAGAUGAAAUUAUACAUCAAAUUUGGGAAAAAGAAUUAAUACGUAAUGGAAUUCAUUUUAAAACUGAUUUUAAUUUUGCAAAUUUUAUGAUAACACCAAGUGUUAUUCGUGAAUGGAAUAUUCAGGGUCUACCACGUGAUAAUUUCUCAACAGAAAAUGCUAUUUUAGCAACACGUACUUUAUCUUAUCCAUUAUUUAUCGAUCCUCAAAGUCAAGCAACAAAAUGGAUAAAACAAAUGGAAAAAUCUAAUGGAUUAAAAAUAAUUGAUUUACAAAUAGGUGAUUACAUGAAAAUAAUUGAAGAAUGUAUUAAAAUAGGUCGACCAUGUUUAUGUCAAAAUAUACAUGAAGAUAUACCACAAACAUUGAAUCCCAUAUUAAUAAAAUCAAUAAAGAAAAAUUCUAAUUUAAAUUCUAAUUUAAUUCUUCAAUUAGGUGAUCGAGAAAUUGAUUAUAAUCCAUCAUUUCGUUUUUAUUUAUCUACACGUCUUUCUAAUCCACGAUAUAAGCCAGAAAUAUAUUCAAAAAUAAAUAUAAUUAAUUUUGCUAUAAAAGAACAAGGUUUAGAAGAACAAUUACUAGGGAUUGUUGUACGAAAAGAAAAACCUGAUUUAGAAAAUUCAAAAGAUAAUUGUAUUGUUAAUAUUUCAAAUAAACAUAAAGAAAAAGAAAUCUUAGAAGAAGAAUUUCUUCGUCUUUUAUCUGAAACAGAAGGAAGUUUAUUAGAAAAUGUUAAAGUAUUUCAAGCAUUAGAUUUAUCUAAACAAUCACAAAAAGAUAUUGAUGAAACAUUAAAAAUUAAUGAAGAUUUAGAAAUAAAAAUUGAUUUAAUGAGAGAAAAUUAUCGAUUAGUUGCACAACGUGCAGCUAUUCUUUUUUUUGUUUUACAAGAUUUAACUUCAAUUGAUCCUAUGUAUCAAUAUUCACUUGAUGCAUAUAUUCAAUUAUUUAUUUUAUCUAUUGAAAAAAGUCCAAGAUCAUUAAAAUUAAAUGAACGUAUUGAAAAAUUAAAUGAUUAUCAUACUUAUGCCGUGUAUAAAUAUGGAUGUCGAGGUCUUUUUGAACGUCAUAAACUUCUGUUUUCAUUUCAUAUAUGUACUAAACUUAUGGAUGCUGAAAAUCGAAUAAAUCAUGAAGAAUAUCAAUUUUUUAUACGUGCUAAUACAUUAACAAUUGAUCGUGAAACUCAAUUUCCUAAUCCAUUUGCAACAUGGUUAAAUGAAAUACGAUGGGAUCAAAUGAGUGAACUUAUUCGUAUGACUGAUUAUCGAUUUUUACGUGAUUCAUUUGAUCAAUUUCCUAAAGAUUGGAAAGAAUGGUACACAUCAGAAGAAGCUGAAAAGGCACCAUUACCAAGUACUAUUGAUUCUUUAAUAACAGAAUUUGGUCGUAUGCUUAUUAUUCGUUGUUUACGUCCUGAUCGUAUAACACAUUGUGUAUUAAAUUUUGUUACACAUAAUAUUGGAUCAAAAUUUGUUGAACCACCUAUUCUUCAAUUAAAUACUAUUCUUGAAGAAUCCAAUAAACGUUCACCAUUAAUCUUUCUUUUAUCACCAGGUGUUGAUCCAGCACCAAAAUUACAACAAUUAGCCGAAGAUAAAAUGAUGGCAAAAUCUCGAUAUUAUACACUUUCAUUAGGACAAGGACAAGCACCAAGAGCACGAAAAUUACUCGAAGCAGGCAUGAAAAAAGGUCAUUGGAUAUUUUUAGCAAAUUGUCAUUUAUCAAUUAGCUGGUUACCUGAAUUAGAUAAAAUUGUUGAACAAUUACAAAUAGCUGCUGUUCAUAGUGAUUUUCGUUUGUGGUUAAGUUCUUCACCAACAAUAGAUUUUCCGAUUUCUAUUUUACAAAUUGGUCUAAAAAUUACCAAUGAACCACAAAAGGGUAUUAGAGCAAAUAUGAAACGUUUAUAUGAAUUAAUAACACCAGAACAAUUUCAACGAGUAAAACAAGAUGAAAAAUAUCGUAAACUUUUAUUUACAUUAGCUUUUUUUCAUUCAAUUAUUAUUGAACGUAAAAAAUUUUUACAACUCGGCUGGAAUAUACAUUAUACAUUCAAUGAUUCAGAUUUUCAAGUUUCAGAAAAUUUAUUAGCUAUUUAUUUAGAUGUAUAUGAUAAAACUCCAUUUGAUGCACUUAAAUAUCUUAUUGCAACUGUUAUCUAUGGUGGACAUUGUACUGAUGAAUGGGAUAUGAGAUUAUUACAUACUUACAUUGAUUCAUAUAUUCGUAAUGAAGUUCUCGAAAUUAUGUAUUAUAAAUUAUCUUCAUUAGCAUAUUAUUAUAUGCCUCGUGAUGGUACAUUUAAAUUAUAUAAAGAUUUUAUUAAUUCGAUGCCUACAACUGAUCAUCCUGAAGCUUUUGGACAACAUCCUAAUGCUGAUAUUGCAUCACAAAUUCAAGAAUCAAAAACUUUGUUCGACACAUUAUUAGCUGUCUUACCACAAAAAUCAUCAGCUACCGUAGAAAAAGAAAUCGAAAAUGAGGUAGCCAAAGCAGCAAGUGAAAUGCUUAAAUUAAUGCCACAUCAAGUCGACAUCGAAGCAGUAAAGAAAUAUAUGUUAAUUGAUACAUCACCAUUAUCUGUUGUUCUUUUACAAGAAGCUGAACGAUACAAUGCUCUGCUAUUGAAUAUUACUAUUGCAUUAACUGAUCUACUUAAGAGUAUCGAAGGUUUAGUUAUUAUGACAGUUGAACUUGAUGAACUCUUCAAAUGUAUUUACGAAGGACGACUUCCAUAUGCUUGGCAACGAACAUAUCAAUCAUUAAAACCUCUUCCUGCUUGGUUUCAAGAUUUACGUCAACGUAUAAAUUUUUUCAAUUCUUGGAUUGAAAGUCAACGUCAACCUAUCAUCUAUUGGAUAUCGGCAUUUUCCUAUCCAACUGCUUUUCUCACUGCUGUACUUCAACGAACAGCACGAAAAGAUCAGAUUGGUGUUGAUCAACUUUCCUGGGAAUUUGAAGUUAAUAAAGCAGAAGAUAAAUAUCUGCCUGAUAUAGAUAAUGGUGUCUAUGUGACCGGGUUAUUUUUAGAAGGAGCUGGUUGGGAUCAAAAACAAGGAACAUUAUGUGAAGCAACAUCUAUGGAACUUGUAACAUUAAUGCCAACAAUACAUUUUCGACCUGUGGAACACAAGAAAAAGUUGACUAGAGGUCUUUAUAUUGCUCCAUGCUACUAUUCAUCUGUUCGAGUUGGAUCAUUUAUUGUUGCAGUCGAACUUAAAACAGGUUCUAUGCCAGCAGAACAUUGGAUCAAACGAGCAACGGCUUUACUAAUGAAUCUUGACAAUUAA